AUGCCUGUUCCCAUCAAUAGCGACCCAACGGCGAGCGUGCCAGUCGCUGACAAACCAAUCACUGAUGAAAGAAAGGACAGUCAAGCCGUUCGAGAGAUAAGGAAGCUGGUCAUCGACAUCUGUCGUCAAAAUGGCGGUGGUCACGGUGGUUCCGCUAUUGGCAUGGCACCGAUGGCUGUUGCACUUUGGAGAUACAUCAUGCGACAUAACCCAUCCAAUGCUGAGUGGUUUGACCGCGACCGGUUUGUCUUGUCCAAUGGGCACGCCGCUAUGCUCCAGUACGCCAUGCUCCAUGUUUCCGGAUAUCCACACAUGACCGCAGACGAACUCAAGAUGUACGGCAAUGCGAAAGCCGUGGAUGAAGCUACUGGCAAAUGGAAGUCGACGCUUUGCCAUGGUCAUCCAGAGAUAGAAGUGCCUGGUGUUGAAGUGACGACUGGUCCUUUGGGCCAGGGCAUCGCGAAUGCUGUCGGUCUAGCCAUCGCGUCCAAAAACUUGGCGGCAACAUUCAACAGACCAGAUUUGAGGGUGAUCAAUUCACACAUCUAUUGCGUCACUGGUGAUGGGUGUAUACAGGAAGGAGUCGCAAAUGAAGCCAUGGCUAUCGCUGGACAUCUCGGACUAGACAAUCUCACUCUCCUGUAUGACAACAAUCAGGUCACUUGCGAUGGCCCCUUGAACUGGAUCGUAUCCGAAGACACUAACAGUAAGAUGCGAGCUAUUGGCUGGAAUGUUAUCGAUGUGCUCGAUGGCGAUGUGUCAGUAGACAAUAUCAGUCGCGCUCUGCGCGAAGCAAGGGCAUACAAGGGCAAGCCAAGUUUCAUCAAUAUCCGUACCACAAUCGGUUAUAAUACCUCGACAGCAGGCACUUUCAAAUCACAUCAUGGAACUUACUCGGAGGAGGACGCAGCGAACACUGCAAGUCCUGGCAUCGCUGCCACGCACACUUUGACGGAAGAGACACGAGAAUACUGGUCAAACAAUGCCAGUAAGGGCGCAGCCUUGGAGAAGAGCUGGGUUAACGAUGUCAAAAGUUACUCCAAAAAGUACCCAGAACUUUCGAGAGCUUUGGAACUUCGUAUGGCCGGCCGAUACGAUGUCAAGGAUUUCCUCGAGAGCUUCGAAAAGCCGGACAACAUUCAAGCGACCCGUCAGUACAACGGCGCACUGUUCAACGAACUUCUAUCGCGAGUACCCAACAUGGUCGCAGGCGGUGCCGACCUGUGGAACUCGAAUCAGAUGGGUGAUCAGUCGCAUCGGAUCUUUGAUCGUGACCAUGCUGAUGGUCGUGUCAUUCGUUAUGGCAUCAGAGAACACGCGAUGGCCUCAAUUUCCAAUGGGCUUGCUGCAUACUCGCCGGGUUGCUUUAUUCCCGUCUCUGCGACCUUUUUCAUGUUCUAUCUCUACGGCGCUGCUGGUGUCCGUAUGGGCGCAUUGAGCAAUCUUAAAGUUAUCCACAUCGCGACUCACGAUUCGAUUGGCGAGGGGCAGAAUGGACCAACGCAUCAGCCCGUUGAGCUUGAUUCUUUGUUUCGCGCCAUGCCCAACCUCCAGUAUAUUCGUCCAGGGGAUAGCGAAGAAGUAGUGGGUGCAUGGAUGGCUGCAUUAGUGGCUGAGGACCGUCCGAGCAUGCUCUCACUCGCUCGCGAUCCUGCGUUGUCUCUGGUCCCGAACACAGACAGACAGAAGGUCCUUAAGGGAGGUUACGUCCUUGUCGAGAAUGCAGAUGCGCAGGUUACCCUGAUCUCGUGUGGUUCAGAAUUACAAUUCGCGGUCGAAGCUUCGAAACAGCUCAAUGCUGCAGAUAUCCCCACAAGGGUUGUUAGCAUGCCUUGCAUCAGUCUCUUCGAGGAACAGUCGGAAGAGUAUCAGGACUCUGUUCUAUCUGGGACUCCUCACGUCAUCUCCGUCGAGGCUUAUAUCGCGACUACAUGGGCGCGAUUCUGUACAGCUUCCGUCGCGAUGGAUUCUUAUGGUUAUUCCGGCGCAGGUCGUGAGAACUUCGAUCGCUUUGGCCUCGAUACAGACGGGAUUGUAAGAAAGGUACAAGCGCACGUCAGAUCCUCUGUCGCGAACGGUCUCAGUCGCCAUCGUCGUUGGCAGCUAUUGAAGUAA